AUGAACUUCUUUCGCUGCCUUUGCGAUGACGACUUUGCGCCGCCUCCCUCCAUCCAGCGCAAUCACGGCCUCAUCACUGAGAAGCCUCGACUCCAAUCCCCUCCUCCCCACAAAUCCGUCGAAGAGACGGCCGACAACAUCAUCGACAUCCUCCUCCACGCCGAAAAGUCCGGCGCUGUGCUCUCAGCGCAGCUCGACGAUGCCGUUUCUGCCACUGGAUGGUCCGAAUGGCUUGCCAAAAACGUAUUGAAGAAGCUGGAGGGGGUGCUUAAAAGCGGACGCGACAAGAUGGGCCCGGCCAUGGCUGAGGCAUACGAUCAGGCUUGUGAAGCUGCAGAGGUCACGUUCUCUGACCUCUUCGCAUAUGUCAAGGAGCAUCCUGUUGAGAUCGCAGCCACUGUGCUGUUAUCACUCUUUGCCUUUGGAGUCCUGGUGAGACUGAUGCCCUUGAUGGUGGAGCUCCUGGGCUUUACUGAGACGGGAACAACUGCCGGCACCUUUGCCUCUUGGUGGGAGUCGACGUAUGGUGGAUACAUCCCUAAGGGUUCACUGUUCUCAUACUUCCAGAGACUAACGAUGAGGUGGUUGAGGCCGAAGAAGGUCUAA